AUGAGGUGGUGGGGCGGAACAGCGAGGAUCAGUAUUGACAUACGCGAUAAGUCAGUACCAAAACAAUGGCUCUUGGAACCGGAAGACCUACCAUCGGAGGAACAACAUGCAGUGUUGAACGUGCCUGCAAAGUCUGAUAAACUCACAACCGAGGAGAUCGAGAUGACAAAUUCAGACGUUGAGUCACUCUUGGAGGCGUACCGAACUCGCAAGUGGACAGUGAGACAAGUCAUCACGGCUUUCUUGAAGAAGGCAGUAAUAAUGAAUCAAAUGACAAAUUUCGCGACGGAGUUUCUCCAAGAAGACGCCCUGAAACGCGCAGACGAGCUUGACGCGCAGCUCGCAUCAACAGGCCUCCUCGCCGGGCCCCUCCACGGCAUCCCGACCUCACUAGCAGAGCCGAUCCCCCUCGCAGGCCGCAUCGCCCACGCCGGCAUCGUCUCGCGCAUCAGCCGCGGGCCCCCGCCCGCCGAGGACGCACACCUCGUGCGCAAGCUCAGGCAGGCCGGCGCGGUGGUCCACCUCCGGACCAAUGUGGCCCAGGCGCUCGUGGGGCUUGAUUGUGAGAAUAACAUCAUGGGCUGCACGCUCAACCCGCGUGACCUGCGGCUCUCGGCAGGCGGCUCGUGCGGUGGCGAAGGCGUGAGCGUUGGGGCUGGUUGCUCCGUGCUCGGCGUCGGGGCAGACGUUGGCGGGGGUGUUCCGGUCCCUGCUGCGUUUGGGGGUUGCUAUGGGUUCAGGCCUACGGCGUCGAGGGUUCCAAUGAAUGGAGUCGUUGGGCCAACUGGGGAGCAGAAGAGCGCAGGAGGUGUGGCAGGGCCCUUGGCGCGGAGUGUAGACGGGUUGGAGGCCUGGAUGAAGGCGGUGCUCGCCCAGGCGCCGCGUGAUGCCGACACGUCCCUUGCGUCCCACCCGUGGAGAUCGGAUGUCGGCCUCGGAGGCUUCACCGUGGGCGUGAUGUGGGACGACGGGAUCAUCAGGCCUCACCCGCCCGUGCUGCGGGCCUUGAGGACGGCCGUCGAUAAACUCAAGGCUGUUGGCGUCAGGGUUGUGGAUUGGGAGCCGUGCAAUCACCAGCGGGGCUUGGAUAUCCUCGCGUCUCUCUCCUUCCCGGACGGCGGCCAGCGGUACCUCGACGAGUUUGACGAAUCCGGCGAGCCAGCCUUACCUUCAACGCGACAUGCCUUCGGCAUGGCGAAGAAGUCCGACAAGAUCCCCCUUACUGCCCAUGACACUUCGGCGCUGAGGCAGGAGCGAGAAAAGCAUCAGCGGGAGCACGACGCGCUGAUGAAGGAUCGAGGGGUGGACUUCAUCCUCGGGCCUGCCUACGUGGGCGCAGGAGCACUGCAAGGCAGUGUGAAGUAUCCCCACUACAGUUCUAUCUGGGACAUCUUGGACAUGCCCUCUGUGGUUCUGCCCAGUGGGCUCAGAUGUGACAAGGACGUGGACGUCAGAGACGAGACCUAUAAUCCCAGGAGCGACGUCGACAAGAAAGAAUGGAGAGCCUAUGAUCCAGACUUGUUCGAUGGGUUUCCCAUCGCGCUGCAGCUCGCCGGAAAACGGGUUGAGGAUGAGGAGGUCCUUGCGGCGGCAAGGGUUCUAGAGAAGGCGAUGAAAGGGGGUAACUAG